UUGUGAGGUUAUGUUACUGUGUGGAUUAUGUUUCUGUGCCGGUUAACAUAACCGUGUGAUUUUCACACGAGUCAUUUUAUCGCGUGUUGUUCAUUUGGAUAAUAUUGUUGAUCCUGAAUGGCAUUUUAAAAUAGAAUUAAGUUGGUUUGCAAAUUAAUUAGUUAAAAACAGUGUUAGAGGCUCAUGUAUUUCUCAAAGGUUGUUUGGAGAUGGGUUUUUGUAUCCAGUCUAGUUUGGUUGGUCGUUGCACAUAUACUUAUGCACCACACCUGAGAGGAGGAUGGUCUGGGUAGGUGGCGCAGUGUUGGUGGCGCUGGUGGCUCUAGUGGCGCCCCCAGUGGCUGCCACUGAGCGCCCCAUCAUCGGAGUGCUGGCCCAGGAGGUUCCACCCAGCCUGCGGCCCAAGGUCCAAGGCGCCACCAGCUACGUCGCUGCAGGGUACGUGAAGGCUGUAGAGGCCGCUGGGGCCCGUGCUGUGCCGGUGUUCAUCAAUAAAACUCUCGAAUACUACAAAUACAUUAUGUCUUCAGUGAACGGCUUAGUCUUACCUGGAGGUGAUUCUGACUUCACGGUUCCUGAUGGAUACGCGGCAGCCGGUAGAAUUCUGUUGAACAUAGUGGUUAAGCUGCAAGAUUCUGGAAUAUCAUUCCCAGUUUUAGGAGUGUGCCAAGGGUACGAGUUCCUCAUGUUCCUGGCCUCCAAGGUCUCCAACCCGAUGGACUUCCUUGUACCCUGCAACGCCAACAACUCCGCUCUCCCGCUAGAAUUUCUGCCAGGCUUCCUCGAGAGCCGAAUUUACAAGAUAGCGUCCAACGAGAUUUUGGAUAUCCUCAAGACCUUGCCUGUAACCUCCAAUCAUCACAGGGAGUGUGUUACUGAGGCGAAGCUGAAGGAGUUCCACCUAGAGGACAGUUGGCGGGUGUUGUCCACCAACAAGGACGCCGGGGGUCUGGAGUUUGUCUCCAGCAGUGAACACUUCCAGAGACCAAUCGUCGGCGUGCAGUUCCAUCCGGAGAAGAACAUGUAUGAAUGGAACCCUCACCAGGCCAACCCUCACUCCCGCAAGGCCAUCCUGAGUGCUCGGCUGUUCUACGACUGGCUGGUAACUGAGAGUAGAGCCAACGACCAGAAGUUCCCCAGCCUUAGCAGAGAAACCGAGGCGCUCAUAUACAACUACAACCCGCUGUACACCGGAGGAAAAGGGGGUUACGACGAACAGAUGUACUUCUUCUGAACUUGUGACGAGUUAAAAAUCCCUUGUGUAAGAAUACAAUUUGACAAAUCCUGGAAAAGGUCAAUUUGUUUCAAAUAAUUUAUUAUUAUGUAGUGUAUAAUUUGUUUACAUUACCUAUGUUGAAGUCCUUUUUUACACAAGAACCGUACUAAAAGAUUACUUCGCUGGAUUAUGAAGUAUAUUUUUAAAUAUUUGAAGGGUACAAGAUGUAAAAUGUGAAUGUGUGUAAAUUAUGCUAUAGAAUAUUACCUUCUGUAUCCAAUAGUCAAUGAUAUUACUCUCGUUGUAAAUAAAUAUUUUGGACAGUAUGAGUGACC